CAUGAAGAGUUUGCAUUGCAAAAGUUUUGUUAACUGUAUGUUCUUUGCCAUUAUCCCAUUGGUAAUUGGAGAAGAUGAUAUUGCUAGAAAUAAAUUGACAUUUCAAAGUACUACAACAUAUCCUCACAUUGCAAGUUUGGCUACUGAUAGUACUAUUGAAAUAAAUGAUCCUCUAAAAUGCUCCAAAACUAAUCAGACUAAAGGGAAAGCAUGGUGGACUGUUGAUCUUGAAAAAGUAUAUACUGUAACGAAAGUUUGCAUUUUGAAUGUAAAUAGUCCAAAUGCCGUUAAUUUGAAAAAUUUCAAGAUCAAGGUUUCUGAUUAUCCACUCGAAGGAGUUGUUUGUUCAACUGUGUCAAAUCCAGUAAUCACACCAAGUUCAACUGCAUCAAGUCAAUAUGGUUGUUAUUUUUGCGGAACGCCAUUGGAUGGAUCAUUUAUUUAUAUUGAACAUCAAGAUGAGGCUGUUAAUUUGCAUAUUUGCGAUAUUAAAGUUACUGGAACGUAUAAAGAGAAGAGAGACUAUUCCGCUGUAAGUAUCGAAUCAACAGAUCUCUUUGGAUCUGAAUACUCCUCUCCUCAAUCAGAUUACAAUAAAACUAUUGAUAACGACUAUAUUACCUAUUUUGAAACAAAACUUUUAUUUGCUAAGCCAAAGCUUGUUAUUAGGUUGCCAACAACAGUAAAAGUGUUUGCAAUUAUGUUGCUUGCAAACCAAGAUAGCUCAAAUACAAUGAAAUACAGUUUUGUUUAUGUUAACUAUAUUCCUAAUACAAUGGGUGCCCUUCCCGAUGAAGUUUGCUUUAAUUAUUAUACUCCUCCUCAAAAUGGACUGUUUGAAAGUGUAUUCAGAAAAUGUAAUAGUGUUAAAACUGGUAGAUACAUAAUAACUGGAGCAGAUCCAGGAUUUCCUGUCAAAUUCCAACUGUCAGAAUUAGUUAUCUAUGGACAAGAAGUUAAAAAUGUCGAUAAAUAUGUGAUGAGUUUCUCUCAUAAAGAUAAAAUUGUAAAACAUGAAAGCGACGGUAUCGUUGUGCCAGGUGCUUCUUUCUUGACAAAUGAUGAAUAUUUCGGUGACGCAUCUGUACUCGUUGUUGCUUUAAAAUGGAAAAUUUCGUUCGCAAAAUCACUAGUAAACACUCUCUGUUUGACAAUUUCCAAUGUUUGUGCAAAAACUGCUGGAGAAUUUGCUUUAGAAAACAAUGUUGCAUGGCCACAAGAUUUGCCCUACAUUGUUGAAAUUCUUGGUCAGAGUAUAAACGAAGAUAUCUUAGUGACAACAACCAGUGGAAUUUAUGUUUGUGAAUCAUUUGAGGAAAAAUUCCUUAUUGCACCUUUCGAAAAUAGAAAUGUACAACCCCAUUUUGUAAGAUCAAUAUGA